AAACGACACUUUGAGAUUCAUCAUUCUCCUUGGUCCGUUCUCGAUCCUUCUUUUUGAGAGCAAUUGCGACCCGUCCUCGAUUCAAUUCUAGCAGUGCUUGCUUUUAAACAGUUCUUGAUGAUUCCGUCAUUCGUACAUUCUCCGCCUUUCCUCUUAUUCCCCCCUCGACCCGGGCAGCGCCAUGUCCAAAGACGCCAGAGACCUGAAGCAUAAGCACGACGGGCCACGACAGCCGCACAGAAAAGACUCCCUAUCCUCCGUACUCUCGUGGGCUGGAUUUAUCGCGGCUCCCAAGGCACCAGGCAAUCAUCCCCUGACCGGCCAACACUCGACUCAGGCGUCUUCUAGCGGCAGCAACUCGAAACCGCGGCGGCACAGCGUCGCAGGGCCAGACACAAAGAAGAAGACACCUUCGAACCUGGAUUCAAAACCCCAGGCUGGCGCUUCCAAGGCUGAUAAGAAUCGCUCUUCAGAGAAAGUGCAUAAGAGCGUCUCCGACCCUCUGGAUGCUCCCAAGAGCAUGACCCGAGGCCAGUCCGCGCAGCCCGCCCAGGAAAAGCCAAGGUCUCCGACGCCCCCGAUGCCCAAAUCAAUUCUUCGCGUCUCAAGCCCCGAUGGUUGCAAGCGUCCUCGGCAGUUCGUUAACCCGGAGACGGGGGAGCCAGUCAGCCCGGGAGAGUCCCCCACAUCGCCGGUGUUCGGCACCUUGUCGCUAGACUCUCCGCCUGGUUCACCCCCGAUGUCUCCCGUGCAGAGGCCUAUGUCUCCCGGAACAACCGUCCGAUUCGCCAAAGCGACCAUCCACAGAGUCGAGGUCGGGCCCGGGCGCCGUUUUCUUCCUGUGAAGCGCAAGAGCAAAAGCACCCUAACCUACAUCUCACCCCUCGACCCAGGCACGCAAAAGAGCGCGCCAAAGACCAUGCUGCAGAGUCCUACCAAGAUGAGACGGCACCAGGAGAACCAGGCAGCCAUGGGCAGGUACUGGAUGCGGACUGAGGAGGAGGAGGCGCAGUGGAGAGCAGAGGCCGAGCGGAGGGCUGAGGAGGAGGCCGAGAGGUACCGCAACGAGCCCGCCAGCCCCCCUCCGCCGGUUGUUGCUGCCACUACCGAGUCGGCCGUUGAAGCUGCAGUAGGGACGAGGAGCACGCUAGCGGACAAGGUUACCGAGAUAGACAAGGUCACUCCCAGGGACCUCAAGCCGAACCCGGAUAAGCUGGAAGAGGAAGAAGCAGAAUCGUCCGACUCCGACACGGACGAAGAAGCGGGGGCGAAGUGUUCCGUUUCAGAGAAGACGGGAAUGAGCGCAGAAGAGACGGAUGAAACGGCUAGAAUGGCGGCGGGGAAGGAGACGGGAUCUGACGCGUCCGAUGAGAAUUUUGAGGGAGCACCCAAAGCUACUCUUCUCAACCCAACACCAACACCCACAGUUGCUGCGAAAAUCGCAACGCGGGGAACAGGAGCCCAUACCCCGGCCGUCGCACUCGCGGGAGACACCCAGACACCGACAGCCGGUCUAACAAGAACAGAAACUCUUACGCAGGUUACAGAAGGAAAGCCAACUGAUUCUCAAGCCGCCGAAAAGCACGCAGCCGAGGAACGAGCAGGACAGACAACGACACCCGGCCUCGCGAACAACAACCCGCCCGGGCAGGCAGAAGCAGGAUCCAAGACGCCCAACGACCCCCAAUUGUCAGCAGCUGGUUCCUCGCCCUCCUCCUUGCCGACGGGGCCGCUCUCAAAGGACAAAGACAAGCCGGCACCGACAUCAUCACCCAUCCUAUCAGGAGGACAGGGAUUGGCGCUAGGACUGGCGGCAGAGAAGCGACCCGGCUCGCCGAUCCAGCUCGUCAGCUGCCGCGCCCGGCCCCGUUCCCGGUCGCGAUCCGUCUCGCCCCGCAGCAGCAGCACAACGACAAAACCACCAACGACGACACCGACAAGCAGUACGGCGGCGGCGGCGGCGGCGACGAAGAUAUCGACACCGGCGGCGUCAGGGAAAAACGGAGUGAAAAGUCAACGAGCGGCAUCGCCAACCUCCUCAGCCUGCCCCGGGCUGAAUCUCAAAUCCGGCGGGGGUAGUGACAACGGUGGCGGCGCAGGCGGCGGCAUCAGUAGUAGUACUAAUAGCAGCAGCAACCAUUUGCAUUUGUCUGGGCGCAGAGGAGGCAGGCGGUGUUUUGACGAGCAUCACAACAAGCCCGAGAUAACAGCUUGAGAAGAUCUCGGGUCCUUUCGCAUUAUUACAAGUUGGGAAGGGUGUGUUGUCGCUUGGCUUUCUGCUUGGUCUGUCAUGUCAUGCCAUUUCAUUUGAUGUCAAACUACCUAAUGUGCCAGUCUCUUCUUUUGUUUCCUGUGCCAACCUGUACCGUUUGGUUCUCUGCAUAUUUGCAUUGAAUUUGUCUUCUUACCUCGUCCGUCUGCAUGGUUGUGAAAUGCUGCGUGGCAUCAUUUGCUCAUUUUCCUUUGCUGAUUAUUCUUGAUUCAACGGAUGC